GGAUGGUACAGCAUAGUCAUUGCAUUAUGGUGAAGCGUGGCUCCUCAAAUUUGAUCGCUCACGUAGAUAUAAGGGGGCCGUACCAGCAUCUCCAGGGAUUGAAGAGUCUAGUUGUAGGGCUGUCGCUACCAAACAGGUAGGUGCCAGCUGAGACACAGCCAUGCAUUCGAAACAGUUUUUCUCUGUGGCCGCCCUCGCGGCCGCACUCGCCAACUCGACCCUAGCAUCAGCCGGCUCGCAUCGCCAACACAAUCCAUUCCUGCCCAAGCGGCAGGCGGCCAACGGCACGGCGUACGACUACAUCGUCGUGGGCUCCGGCCCAGGUGGCGGGCCGCUCGCGGCGAACCUCGCCGAAGCGGGCCAUAAAGUGCUUCUGGUAGAUGCCGGCGGCGACUCGGGCGACAGCCUCUUCGAGCAGAUCCCCGUCUUGUUCCCGCGUGCCACGGACGACCACCCGACAACACAGUGGAACUACUUUGUCACACGCAGUUCAGACCCGGCUGUUGAGACCAAGAACGAGAUCACCUCUUACAGGCUGCCAGAUGGCGGCGUCUACACCGGCCUCAACCCGCCUGCGGACGCCGUACCCAUCGGCACGCUGUAUCCUCGAGCUGGUACGCUGGGCGGGUGCAGUCGGCACAACGCGCUGGUGGCUAUCCGGGCGUUUGACAGCGACUGGGACGCGGUGGCGGACAUCACAGGGGACACAUCGUGGAAUGGCAGCACGUUCCAGCGGUACUACGAGGAGAUCGAGCACUGCGACUACCUCCCAAACUCGAUCGUUGGCCACGGCUUCAACGGCUGGUUCCAUACGCAGCUCACUUCACUGAUCACAGCGGUGCAGGACCUGAAGGUAGUCAGCAUCAUCGCCUCGGCCGCAUCAGCAUCGGGCAUGAGUCUUAUAGGCAUCAUCUACCAGACCGUCGCAGGGCUGGCCAAGAUCCUCAUUAAGGACAUCAAUGCACCGGGAAGGACUAUCACCACGGGCCCUUACCAGAUGCCGCUGUCGAUGGGCGACUCAACACGUGGUGGAGCCCGGGACCGUAUUUUGCAGGUCGCCAGCGCUACUGAUAGUGAUGGAAACAGGCUCUAUCAUCUCGACAUCAAACUCAACACACUCGUCACCAAGAUCAAUUUCGACACGACCUAUCCCGACGGUCCACGCGCCACGGGUGUGGAAUACCUCGAGGGGGAGGCCCUAUACCGGGCUGACACUCGCUCAGACAACGCAGUCGUGGAGGCCGAAGGCGUUCUCACAGCCACCAAGGAAGUCAUCAUCGCCGCCGGGGCUUUCAACACGCCCCAGAUCCUCAUGCUCAGCGGCAUCGGCCCGUCCGACCAGCUCUCAGCCCACGGGAUCCCGCAGACCGUCGACCUCCCCGUAGGCACCAACCUCCGCGACCACAUCGAGGUGCCCGUCAUCAGCGAGACGCAGACCGACUUCAGCCUCUUCAGCGGCUGCACCUUCAUGUACGGCUACCCGGAGGUGCCCGACACGUGCCUGGAGCGGUGGAAGUCGGGAGUCGGGCAGGCCGCCAAGGGCACGUACGCGACCAACGGGCUUGCGGUCGGCGCGGCUAUCAGGACCGGCGGGGCGCCCAGUCCCGUCGACCCGGACGUGUUCGUCUACGGCGGGCCGGCCAACUUCCCGGGCUUCUUCCCGGGGUGGUCUGAGCUGGCACUGCACUCGGACCACCGGCACUGGGUCUGGGUCAGCCUGAGGGCGAGCACGCCCAACGAGGCGGGCACGGUGGGGCUGCGGUCUGCGGACCCGCGAGACACGCCCGUCAUUGCGUUCAACACCUUUGAAGGCAGCCGGACUGCCCGCGAGCAGGACCUGCAGGCGUCGUAUGAGGGCGUGGCGUGGGCGCGACGUGCUAUGGACACACUCAUCCCGCUCGAUGGGUCUUUUGCGGAGACGAAACCUGGUAGGCGGGAUGUCAGCAGUGAGGAACAGAUCAAGGAGUAUGUCGAGACCAACUCGUUUGGGCACCACGCGUGCUGCACGGCGGCCAUUGGCAGGGUGCUCGACUCCGACUUCCGCGUGAAGGGAGUCAAGGGCCUGCGUGUUGUGGACGCGUCUGCUUUCCCUGUCAUCCCGGGGUUCUUUAUUCAGCUGCCGACGUAUCUGUUGUCCGAGAAGGCCAGCGAGGCUAUUCUUGCAGAUGCCUAGGCGAGCCUUAUGGUGCUGGAUUUACGAGCAGCCAUGUUGGCAUCAUCGGGAGAUUUUAUUAUUGGGACUAAUGGGUGGAUAGUAACAUCGGGUUCUGAGUAAAACAUUUCAAGGUUGUUCCGCUGUUACUUAAUAUACAUUCGAACUUAUCUGUAGUGUCUUCAAG